GUGAACCCGAACCAGUGAAUCCUCAUGUAACUCAGCAAAGGACUUUUUAACUUAAAUAUUGGACGGUCAUUUGUAAACAAGCAGCAUGGCAGGUACUAUGUACCCACCCGAAAGCAUAUACAACCUUAUUCCGAGAGAGGAGGUUAGAUUUCAGAAACCACCCAGGUAUAUGUCAAGGUUCAGAGAACAAGUAAAGCUUGAGAAACAGACAAACAAAGCACCAAACAAGACCAUGGGUCCUGCUAAGGUAGAGGUGCCCUCUCCUGAGAAAUACCUCCAUAAACACUCUACCGAGGUCAAAACUACUGCAAAAAAACCUGUAUUUGACACGGUAGAUGAGUUUAAACCACGGAAACCCCGUGUUCCACCAAAGUCUGACAAGCCUCUUAUGGGCAUCCACACAAAAAAGGACUUUGUGAAGACGAAUGCUAUUGAGAGCAUCAUGGCCGUGCCUCGGAAACCACAGCCCAUCUAUGUUGACACCAAAAAGGGGGACAAGCACCUGAUGGAGAAAUCUGGCCUGGUCCCUAAGUAUCUGAAGAAAAAGGACUACGGGCAAACCCCAGAGUACCUGCUGCAGAGGCAGGAGGAGGUGAAGAGGGCCCAGGAGGAGUACGACAAAUACGUCCAGGAGUGCAUGAAGCAGGGAGCCAUGAAGCAGCUCUCGGAUGACGAGCGGAAGAACAUUCUGGAGGGUCUGAAGAAGAACUGGGACGAGCUGCAUCAUCAGUACCAGGGCCUGUCCGUCGUCACGGAUACAACUCCCAAGAAGUACCGCAAGGAGCGGCUGGAGCUGGAGAUGAAGCACCUGGAGCGAGACAUCGACCUCAUCGAGCGCUACAAGACCAUCUACAUCGCCAGCAACUAGCCCCAGAGACGCUGGACGCUGACCAGGAGGACCCGGGAGGACCCGG